GCCAUACCACCUUUGUCAUUUGUUAUUCUCUCGUUACAGUGUCAUUUCCUUCUCAAAAAAUCUCAGUCCCUCUUCAUCGUCUCUUUCACUUCCCUCUCCUUUCUUCUUCUACAUUCUCUCUUCAUUUUCCUCUGCAAAACCAGAAAAUAAAAACCAUGACCAGCAACAACAGCAAAGAAAAGCUAGUAGUGGAAGUUGUGGCGGCUCACAACCUGAUGCCCAAAGACGGCGAAGGCUCGUCUUCUCCGUUCGUAGAAGUGGAGUUCGAGAACCAGAGGCUAAGAACCCAGGUGAAAUACAAGGACUUGAACCCAGUUUGGAGCGAGAAGCUCGUUUUCCAUGUCAAGGACGUCGCCGACCUUCCUUACCGGACAAUAGAGAUCAACGUCUUCAACGAGAGAAGAUCGAGCAACAGCAGAAACUUCCUCGGCAAAGUCAGGGUCUCCGGUUCCAGCAUUGCCAAGGAAGGCGAAGAGGUUCCUCAGCUCCACACGCUCGAUAAACGGAGCUUGUUUUCCCACAUCAGAGGAGAGAUAACCUUAAAGCUUUACGUCUCCACCAGAGUGGAGGUUAAGGAUAUUGUCGGAGCUAAUGAAACAGUAGUACUGUCCUCCAAUGGGUUUUCGAAGAAGAAUAAGAAAGCUCUGCAAGGCCCGAGCUCGGCCAUGGCGACGCAGCAGCAGAUUAUGCAAGAGAACAAGGCUUCACAGCAAGGUCAUCAAAGUUUGUCGAAGCCGGUGGAGCCGAACGUCCCUCGAGAGAUCAUGAAACCUGUUGUUAUAACAACCGGACCGGCUCCGGUCAUUCCCGUCGCCGCAGCCGGAGCCGCCGCCGGUGGCGUGUACUCACAUGGGUCGAGCGAGUUCUCGCUUAAGGAGACUCGGCCUCUGCUCGGCGGAGAGUCGCUUCAGAAGGACAAGACAAGCUCGACCUACGACCUCGUCGAACAAAUGCAGUAUCUUUAUGUUAGAGUGCUGAAAGCUCGGGAAAUCUCGCUGUUCGGCGGCGCGGAGUUGGUGGCGGAGGUUAAGCUUGGGAACUACAGAGGGGUGACGAAGAGAGUUGGUUUGAACAAUGUGGAGUGGGAUCAAGUUUUCGCGUUUUCUAAGGAUUGCAUACAGUCGUCAAUGGCGGAGAUAUUUGUUAAGGAGAGCAACAAAGACGAGGUUUUGGGACGUGUUUGGUUCGAUUUGAACGAGGUUCCGAGGAGGGUUCCGCCGGAUAGUCAGCUGGCUCCGCAGUGGUACAGAAUGGAGGAUAAGAAAGGGGACAGGUCUAAAGCUGGGGAAGUGAUGUUGUCGGUUUGGUUUGGGACUCAGGCCGACGAGGCCUUCGCCGAGGCGUGGCAUUCGAAGGCGGCGAACGUGCAUUUCGACGGGCUUUCUUCGAUCAAGUCCAAGGUUUACUUGUCCCCCAAGCUCUGGUACUUGAGAGUGUCGAUUCUCGAAGCGCAGGACAUCGUUCCCGGCGAGAAAGGCUCGGGCUUGAUGAGGUUUCCGGAGCUUUCAGUGAAAGCCCAGGUGGGGAAUCAAGUUCUCAAGACGAGAAUUGCGCAGCCUAGCCCGACCAGAAGCCUCUCCAAUCCUUACUGGAUUGAAGAGAUGAUGUUUGUUGUUGCUGAGCCUUUUGAGGAUUACUUGUUCGUUUCGGUUGAAGAUCGGGUUGGCCCCGGGAGGGAUGAGGUUGUCGGGAGAGUGAUUCUUCCGGUGACGGCGAUCGAGAAGAGGAACGACGAGAAGCCCGUCGUUUCGAGGUGGUUUAACCUUGACAACAGCCACUUUGGCAAUGCGGGGGAGUCGAAAAUGGUGGCGAGAUUCGGGUCGAGAAUUCAUCUCCGGGUUUCUCUUGACGGAGGUUACCACGUGCUUGAUGAAGCCACUAUAUAUAGCAGCGACGUUAGGCCCACUGAGAAGCGUUUGUGGAAGCCCCAUAUUGGUGUUUUGGAAAUGGGGAUUUUGGGGGCGACGGGCCUUGUGCCGGUGAAGAUCAAGGAAGGGAAAGGCGGCUCGACGGACUCGUAUUGCAUCGCGAAAUACGGCCAGAAAUGGGUUCGAACAAGGACUGUUGUAGAUAGUUUGUCGCCCAAAUGGAACGAGCAAUACACUUGGGAAGUGUAUGAUCCUUGCACGGUGGUAACGGUUGGGGUGUUCGAUAAUUCUAGGAUUGAUAAGAACAUGGCUAGUAACACCGGUGGCCGCGAUUCGCGGAUCGGGAAAGUGAGGAUAAGGCUGUCGACGCUCGAGACCGAUCGGGUUUACACUCACUCGUACCCGCUUCUGAUGUUGCAUACAUCAGGGGUGAAGAAAAUGGGGGAGCUUCACCUGGCGGUUAGAUUCUCCUGCACCAAUAUGACCAACAUGCUUCACAUGUACACAAUGCCGAUGCUGCCCAAGAUGCAUUACGUGAAUCCCUUGAGCGUGAACCAGUUGGAGAGCUUGAGGUACCAGGCGAUGAACGUGGUGGCGUCGCGGCUCAGCCGGGCGGAGCCCCCACUCGGGCGGGAAGUAGUCGAGUACAUGCUUGACCAUGACUCCCACAUGUGGAGCAUGAGGAGGAGCAAGGCUAAUUUCUUUCGCCUCAUGAAUGUGCUGUCUGGAUUUAUGGCUAUAGGGCGUUGGAUUGAGUCAAUGCGCAAUUGGCACAAGCCGGUUUACUCAGCCUUGUUCAUGGCGUUUUUCCUGUUGCUUGUUGCUUUCCCUGAGCUCAUUAUCCCCGCCGUGUUGCUCUACAUGGCGUUUAUUGGGCUGUGGAGGUACCGGUCCCGGCCCCGCUACCCUCCCCACAUGGACACCCGCCUGUCUCAUGCAGAGAGCGUUUACCCUGAUGAGCUCGAUGAGGAAUUCGAUUCCUUCCCCACUAGUAGGAUUGCGGAUGUUGUUCGGAUGAGGUACGAUCGGCUGAGGAGCGUGGCCGGGAGGAUUCAGACUGUUGUUGGAGAUAUGGCUUCACAAGGGGAGCGUUUUCAGGCGCUGAUAAGCUGGCGAGACCCGAGGGCGAGUUUCUUGUUUGUGAUAUUUUGCUUGGUUGCUGCUGUUGGUUUCUAUGCAGUGCCUAUUAGAGUUGUGGUGGCUUUGUGGGGAUUGUACGUGCUUAGGCCUCCGAGGUUCAGGAGCAAGUUGCCCUCUCGUGCUUUGAGUUUCUUCAAAAGGCUGCCCACAAGGGCAGAUAGCUUGUUGUAGGAAGAAUGGAUUUGAAAUGUUUUGACUAGUUAGGAUUCGGAAAAAGAAACAUUUUGUUUUUUGUUUGUUGGAUGCUGUUUUCCCCUGAAUCGUGUAGCUGUGUUGCUGUCUAGCGGAACUAUUUACGAAUUAUGUAGGACCAAUCUGUGUAUCUAGAAAAAUACCAUUAUGUUUUUAACUGUUAUCUGUUUCUGUCCAUUGGUACUCUGAUGGUAAUUAAAUGCGAGGGUUUUUUAAUCAUAGAAGAA